AUGAUUUGGCAAAACCUUAUCUGGACAUUAAUCUUCCUUUCUCUUAAUGGAUUAGGAAUUAUGGGGAAUAUCCUAAUACUUGUGAGACAUGUAUAUACUUUUGUCACUGGGACUGAGAAAAAACCCAUAGACCUUAUCCUUAUUCACUUGGCAUUUUCAAAUAUGACAAUUAUUUUUAGCAUUGAAAUCAAAGAUACAGCCACAGCUUUUUAUUUCAGGAGUUUCCUUAGUGAUGUUGGUUGUAAAAUUGUGGUUUAUCUUGGAAGAAUGGCUCGAGGACUCUCCAUCUGCACCACCUCUCUCCUCAGCAUGGUCCAGGCUGUCACCAUAAAUCCAAGGAUGACCCUGUGGAGAAAACUCAAACCACAGACUACAUGGCAUGUUCUUCUCUAUCUCCUCCUCUUUUGGCUCUUCAAUUCUCUGAUAAGCUCCAACAUGUUGUGCUAUGUCACAGCAGUCAGUACUGUGAACAGAUCUGGAGUUGGCAUGUAUGGUGGGUACUGCUAUAUGCAACCAUCUAGGCUAAUAGUGAGGUGGCUUUUCCUCUCCCUCAUGGCUCUCCGUGAUGUCAUCUUCCAGAGUCUCAUGGGCUGGAGCAGUGCGUCCAUGGCUCUGCAUCUGUAUAAACAUCACAAGCAAGUCUCCUACCUUCACAGUUCCAAGUGUGUAAAUAAUUCCAGCCCAGAAAUCAGAGCCACACAGAGCACUCUCAUUCUGAUGACCUGCUUCCUUUUCUUCUAUUGGGUAGAUUUUAUUUUUUCCUUCUACAUAGGUUUCAUAGUGGCACAUGGUUCCAUCAUCUCAAUUACUAAAAGUUUUUUAGAACUUGGUUAUGCUGUUCUCAGCCCCUUUGUACUGAUCAGCAGAGAUGUCCAUGUUGCCAAAUACUGUAGUGUGCACCAAGUGCAAAAAUCAUGUUCUAAAUUCAUAUCUCCAUGA